CUUUCUGACACGACAAGAGUCCAAUCGAGCCGCGAGUUCAUCUGUCAAACCUUCAUUAACCGACACCAGCUUUUAUAUUUGUGUGGAGAGCAGAUCAUUUGAGUCGCGCGCAGAACACAAAGCUGACGGGAGCAGCUCCGGUGGAGAAAAACUGGAUCUAAAACUUUCAGAUGACACACAGCUCAUUUCUCCGUCACUACGCAGGAACCAGUCGAGUGAUUUGGCCCAGCCCCAACUUGGACAUCACUCAAAACAGUUCCCCCCUCUGGGCAAACAUUCACUCGGAAGUGGAAAGCUAAAGAGUGCAGGUUGACACCAUGAAGAUCGCAUCUUUUAACAUCAGACGUAUGGGUUCAAGCAAACUGUCAAACAAAAAUAUUGUAAAUUAUCUUAUUAAGAUCUUCUCUCGGUACAGUAUAAUCAUUAUUCUGGAGGUGGUGGACAAAUCGGGCAAAUCUAUAGACAAAUUUCUACAGGAGCUCAACAGCACCAGAGCUAAUAAGAAACGUCCCUUCACAAUGGUCGGAAGCUCCAGGCUGGGACGGACUCUUUAUAAGGAGCAGUUUGUCUGUUUCUACAGAGAAGAUGAGGCUAAACUGGUUGACACGUACCAAUACGAAGACAAUCAAGUGGGUGACGAGGACGCUUUCUCUCGAGAGCCUUUCAUCCUGCGUUUCCGCUGUAAACACACAGUGCUGAAAGAUUUGGUGCUGAUACCUGUUCACACAAAGCCUAAAGACUCACAGAAAGAACUGGAUGAACUAUACGACGUCUUUCUGCAUGUCAAAGAUAAAUGGAAGACGGAUAAUGUCAUGAUCCUUGGUGACUUCAACGCGGACGGCGCUUACGUCUCCAAGAAGAAGAUGAAGGCCAUCAGGAUCCGCAGCGACCCCGAUUUCCACUGGCUGAUUGGAGACGAUGUGGACACCACAGUCAUUGAGUCCAAUGACCACACCUACGACAGGAUUGUGGUGUAUAAAGACGACAUGUUUAAAGCUGUUGUGCCAAGAUCUGCAAAACCUUUUAACUUUCAGCAAGCCUACAAACUUUCAGAGGAAAUGGCCCUGGGCAUCAGUGAUCAUUACCCAGUGGAGGUGAGUCUGAAGAAGUCAUCUGCGGCAAAGACCAGCGGCAAAGCCAAAACCAAAGCACAGAAACGCAAAGCAUGAUGGGAUACCAAUGCAGAGUGUAUGGGAUCUUAACUUCACUCUACUGAAGGAGAGAUGCUACCUCUUCAUAAGGAAAUUCAGGCCUUAAAAUAAUUCAAAAGCAGUUAUCCUUUCAUGCU